CCCUCUCACCCCACUCAACCCUCCCCCUUUAUAAAGGGAUUUUCUCUUUUUAAUCCACGAGCCCCCCGCCGCAGCCUCAGCGCUCGCUGCGCCGCCGGCACCGCGGCGGGCAGAGCCGAUCCUGCCUUUGCGCCUUCCCCCCCCGCCAGCGGGAGGACCCGGGCGGGGGCAAAGCCCCCCGGCGGCUCAGCCCCGACACCGCCCCGCGGCAUGGGCGGCCGUGCCCCGCGGGCUGCGGGGCAGCGCGGCGGCGGAGCGCAGAGGUCUUAAUGAAAUAACAAUCAAAGAAACAGUCGGGACUUCAACAUGGCUUUCCAUGCGGAGGGGCUGGUGGCCAUAAUUGUAUUCUACCUGGCUAUCCUGGCAGUUGGGAUAUGGGCUGCUUGGAAAACCAAGAACACCGGCAGCGAAGGAGAUCGCAGCGAAGCUAUUAUAGUCGGUGGAAGAGACAUCGGCUUGCUAGUUGGUGGAUUUACAAUGACUGCCACAUGGGUUGGAGGAGGUUACAUCAAUGGGACAGCAGAAGCUGUGUAUGUCCCAGGCUAUGGUCUAGCUUGGGCUCAGGCACCUAUUGGAUAUUCCCUUAGUCUGGUUUUAGGUGGCCUUUUCUUUGCAAAACCCAUGCGAUCCAAAGGCUAUGUGACAAUGCUAGACCCUUUUCAGCAGCUUUAUGGAAAAAGGAUGGGAGGGCUACUGUUUAUUCCAGCUUUAAUGGGAGAAAUGUUUUGGGCUGCUGCCAUCUUCUCUGCCUUAGGUGCCACUAUAAGUGUGAUCAUUGACAUUAAUGUCAAUAUUUCGGUCAUUAUUUCUGCCCUGAUUGCAACUAUGUACACGCUUGUGGGUGGGCUUUAUUCUGUGGCCUACACUGAUGUAGUUCAGCUCUUCUGCAUCUUCCUAGGACUGUGGAUCAGCGUACCUUUUGCAAUGUCCCAUCCUGCAGUGACAGACAUCGGGCUCACGGCUGUGCACCAGGUGCACCAAGCACCUUGGCUUGGAUCUAUCAACUCACUUGACAUUUACACAUGGCUGGACAAUUUCCUUUUACUGACAUUAGGAGGAAUCCCAUGGCAAGCAUACUUCCAGAGAGUUCUCUCAUCAUCUUCUGCCACAUAUGCUCAAGUUCUGUCAUUUCUGGCUGCUUUUGGCUGUCUUGUGAUGGCACUUCCUGCAGUACUCAUUGGUGCAAUUGGAGCAUCUACAGCCUGGAAUGAGACAGAGUACGGUGUCCCUGACCCCAUGACUAAAAAAGAAGCAGAUAUGAUUUUACCCAUCGUGUUACAAUACCUUUGCCCAGUCUAUAUCUCGUUCUUUGGCCUUGGUGCUGUAUCUGCUGCCGUGAUGUCAUCCGCUGACUCUUCAAUUUUAUCAGCAAGUUCUAUGUUUGCUCGAAACAUUUACCAGCUUUCCUUUCGGCAAAAUGCUUCAGACAGGGAAAUUGUGUGGGUCAUGAGAAUCACUGUUUUUCUGUUUGGAGCAUCAGCAACAGCAAUGGCACUGCUAGCUUCGUCAGUGUACGGCCUGUGGUACCUCAGCUCUGACCUUGUUUAUAUCAUCAUAUUCCCUCAGCUCCUGUGUGUUUUAUUUAUUAAAGGAACCAACACCUAUGGUGCCAUUGCAGGAUAUUUAUUUGGCCUUGUUCUCAGAAUAACCGGAGGGGAACCAUAUCUCUACCUUCAGCCCUUGAUCUACUAUCCUGGCUGCUAUCCAGAUGAGAAUAAUAUCUAUAUCCAACGAUUCCCAUUUAAAACACUUGCUAUGCUUACCUCCUUCUUUACUAACAUUAUAGUCUCCUACUUAGCCAAAUACUUAUUUGAGAGUGGGACUUUGCCACCAAAGCUGGACUUCCUUGAUGCUGUUGUUGCCAGGUACAGUAGAGAACACAUGGACAAAGCAACUCUUGUAAAAAGUGACAACAUUGUGUUAAACGAACUUGCACCUGUGAAUCCACGGCACAGCCUAACUUUGAGCUCAACUUUCACAAACAAGGAAGCCUUCAAUUAUGUUGAUUCGAGUCCAGAGCUGUCCAACACUGAAGAUAAUUAAAAAAUCUGGCAGCCACAGGCAAAACAACGUGAACUAAGAUAUUCUACAAAGAAUAGUAAGAGACAUUUUAUCAGAAGAAAAGCAAGAAGUGGGCAUAAAAUGCCACUGCACAAUUCUUUAAGUUGUUUCUAGGAGCAGGAGCAUCCCAUGGGAGGAACUCUUUCCUGUUAUUAUCUAACAUGUUGGAUUAGAUCAUAGAGUGUUUACCAAAAGAUACACUCAGAUCCCAUUCUUUCCACCAGAACCAUAUACUGUGUAACUAAAAAAAUAUUUACUAUUGAAAAUAUAUGUAGCAGGAAAAGUGCAACAAUUAUUUAGCUAGGACAUCAUAUGAAGAAAUUAUAAUACAGCCACUCUGAAAUACUAUCAGUCAACAUUUUAUUGGCAUUAAGUGAAAAUAUAUUGUCACAGCUAUAAGUGAUUUAUUACUAAAGACCUAGUUGCUUGAGCGAAGACAGAUAAAUAACUUCCUUGGGGUUUUGGUCUGUUGUUUUUUUCCUCAUAAGAAAAUUCAAAUAAUACAAAUCUAGUGUUCCAUUAUUUGUAUAAGACAGCAAAAUGUGCAAAUAGUAAUAAAUUCCUUAUUGAAGUGCUAAACAUCGUAUGUUAAUUUAGACAGUUAAAAUGAAGUCACCAGUUUAAAAUGAUGUUAUACCUAAUGCAAGAUGACCUGAAGCAAAGUAUGUUACUAUAGGUGUCCUUUUUUUCCCGUGGUUAGUGGCUGCCACCAAUGGAGGAUAAAAAAAUAUUUGAAGCAAUAAUUGGAGUUGAAACUCAGCUUGUGAAAAAUGACAGAACUCUUAUGAACUAAAUAGAACUUGUCAGUGUUGAGAAAAGAAGCCUUAUCUUGACUUUUCAUCAGAAUGAACACUGAGCAAAGCAGUCUGACACCAUGGAACUGCAGCAAUGGAGCAAUAUUAAAAAGUAAGGGGAGUCAAGAAAGCCUGAAAAAAAAAGAUGAGAGGGUUUUCCAUGGGGAAAUUUUCCAUUUUUCACUUAAUAGAAAAAUGUAAUCUCAAAGAUAUCAUAAAGUCUUUUGGGUUGGUCUUGCUGGAAUUACUCUGGAAAGUGUAGAUUUUCCAUGAAAAAUCACAUUUUCUCAAAAAUUUGAUUUCCCAUGGGAAAACCAGGCUUGUGGACAGCUUUCCACAUCUGUGUCUACCUCCAAAAUCAAUAGCAGCUUGGAGGGGAACUGAAAGGAAAGUCAAACCCACAAGUGUAGUGAAAGGCACAGCAGUGUCUUCCGCUACCUUCUGGCCUCCUUCACUAACAGCUGUGCUCCUGGGCCAGCACGGUGACUCUGCGGAGCACCAGCAGUGGCCAGGCAUGGAUGAGACUUCACACAUGAACGGAAACACUGGCCAGAAGUGGCAAAGCAGGGAGAUGAGGCCUCUUCUGACUUUGCCCUGGCCAGCAGGGAACACGCAAUGUUGUUUCCAUUUGCCCAUGGCUGAGACAAUUGUGUCUGUCCCCAUUGGUAUGUGCCUUUCACAGUGGGAGAUCUAAUAGCCAGAUUUCUGUACAAUUAAGAGUUAUGCUCCAAUAAUUCUUUUUACUAUCUACACAUGACACAAAAUGUUCAACUGAAAUCCAGAUAUCCUCCUGUCGCUGGUCACUGGUGAAAUUUCUUCAUUAACAUUCACAGCGCAAGGAGCUAUCCUGGAAGAUAGAUUUAAGAAUAGGUUUUGCUGCUAAAGGAAGAAGCCAUCAACCUGUGUAUUCAAUGUUGACAUAAACUUCCACAAGGUUGAAUCUUUAGAUAUGUUUUUGCUCCUUUUGUGGAGUUUUAACAGCAUAUAUAUAUUUUAUACAUAGAGAAAAUUAAUUUUAGAUAUGUUGAUUUUUUUCUUCAUAUACUGCAUUUAAAAAUAACACUGCAUCUCAGUUCUGAAUAUGCAUUGUGAACUGCAGUGCUACUGUGCUGACAAAUAUUGAGUGUGCUCUGGGUGGAGGAGAUCAAAAUCAGGUUCUGCACUAAAACCCAGAAGAGCCAAUAUAGCAAAGCAAUGAAAAAUUCCUGUGGGGUAAGUGAACAAGCCGCUGAUGAAAUUCAGGGUGCUGAGGAUCUCACAAACUGGACAAGAGCCCAGUUAUAUUAAUUCCCCCAUGAACCAUGGAAAAAAGAAGGGGAAAGACAUUGUAUGCAAGAAAGAGAAGGGAGAACAAAGACACUGCUGAAUUAUUAUCCAUUUCUGGCCCAAAUCCACUAGCCUGAAUCCCUUCUUAUGAGAAAAUACCAAGCCACAAUUUUGCCUGCCUACAUAGCCAAUGCCUUAUGCUGCAGUUCCAAAUUAAGUUAGAGGAUCCUAUUCUACAGACAUCUGUAGGUCUUCCUAAAAAAUUUUCUCUUACCUCAAUUUUGUCUAGGAAUUGCUAGAAUUUUGCUAUGAGAAGCUGAAUAGUGGCCAGAUGCUUUGAAUACAGCAGCAUUUCUGUAUUUCAAAAUACCCAAUAGUGGAAGGAGAAGGAAAGGAGAAGGGAAUUCAGCUGGAAUCGUUUAAGAAAUUUUGACUGAAAAAUAAAAAUCUUUCUUUUUCCCUUGUAUUCCCUUGUUGCCAUAAAUCUUUUAAAAUGUUCAAAAUAAAAAGUUAAGUGAGAAAAUAAAAUGUAUUAGUCCAAAAAUUUCAAGCCAGAUGCUUUCAAUAUUGUCAUAAUAUUUUAUACAGUUUAUCCUAUCAAAUCUUUUUGGGAAAUUGCUGUAAUUUUACAAAUUAUUCCUGUUUAGAUGGAACUAUGCAUUCUCUGGCAGAAAAUGGUUCCACCAGUUUUCCAGUCCUCUCUGUGGGAACUGAAAUGUUAUAGCACUUUUCCAUGUAGCACACCAUGGAAGCUUUAUCAUGCAAAGGAGAGAAGUGACACCGAAGACUGUUCAUCAUGUGACCAUAACUCUGCUUUCCGCAUACGAAACCUGUGUGUGUGUCUUUGCAUGAGUCCAACGAUGCCUGCUGUGGUUGCAGCGGUGGGCUGCAUAGUGGAGAGGACAACUCCAAAAGCCAAACUAAACAGCCCUGUACAAAGUCUGUUUACAAGUUCUGUUGCCUUAGUUCAGCUGUCCUAUGAUUAAAUUUUUACAAAGCUGUUCAUAUAGCCAAAGGCCAUAGCUAUGAUUGAUAGCUGGAUAUGGGGCGGGGGGGGGG